AUGGCACAGGAAUCCGAUUCUAUGGAGCUACAACCUUUAUCGCAGCCGGACAGUGAAGCACUCAUCCCGGACAAGCUCACGACUCGGUCGGAGUUACCAUCAAGGUGGAAGUGCCGAUUUCUUGGCAAAAAACCGACCGAAAAUUGGAAAAAAACGCUUUAUAUAGGGUCCACCUUAACCUUCGUGGUGUUGGUGUUCAAUGUCGGCUUCGUACUUUGGGCGGUCAAGCAUAAUGGGCUGCACGGUGGUCAAGCCGUUCUCUUCAUUGGGAACUGCAAGAAAUCAAAAAGGAUCAGUACAGUGUUUCACUUGGUGAUCAAUGUUCUGGGAACUCUUCUGUUAGGUGCAAGUAACUACGGCAUGCAAUGCCUCUGUGCCCCAACCAGAGGGGAUAUUGAUCGUGCACACUCUAGGGGAAAGUGGCUAGAUGUUGGUGUGCAAAGUAUGCGGAAUCUUUGGCAUAUUCCCCGUAUCAAGCUCUUUCUUUGGAUCUGCCUGGCAUUUUCAUCGCUCCCUCUCCACCUCAUAUAUAACUCUACCAUAUUCCAGACCCUCUCAGUCUACAACUACCGAAUAUUUGUGGGAAGCAAGCCAUUUUCCAGCUUCAGUUUGGACAAUGUGACGCUCCCUGAUCAAAAAACCCCUGAUACGACAUUCUCAAGACUUCUAGAGAAGGACAGAAAUGGGAAGCUUGAACGCCUAAACAAUAGUGACUGUAUCUCCCAAUACGCAAGGGGGUUUCAGACAAAUUAUGCCAGCUUGCUCGUUGUUACGGAUGAUUAUAAUUCAACUGUUCAAGACUUCGGCUCCAUCGGGCAAUUGUCUAAAGACCCAAGUGACCCCUACAGCUGGAUAUGCUCUGCCAUUUAUUCACCGGGACAAUUCUGCACGAGCAUGGUAUCGGGGCUGCUUGCAGACCCAGACAACUGGCCAGUACAAGGAAUGAUUGCAGACGAGGUAGGCUACGAAGUGUACGCAGAUUUCAAAGUGAAUUACUGCCUAAGUGAAAGCGUCCCGGAAAGAUGUACCGUAGAGUACAGCCUUUCAUUGGUUAUUGUGGUCAUUCUUUCCAACAUCAUCAAAAUGGUUAUCUUAUGUUGGAUUACUAUCACCAUGGCCGAGUGUCCAAUUUUGACCACAGGGGAUGCCAUUUCUUCUUUCAUCGAGAUACCCGAUCAUACGACAAGAAGACAGUGCCUACUAUCGCGUGACAUGGUAAUCAAGCCGGUCAAUGAGAACAUGAGAUUUGAUGCCAAGCCAAGACGAUGGGGAUCGUCCGUGUCUCGUCGCCGAUGGGUAAUUUGUCUCUUAUCAUACUUCAUUUCCAUACUCGUCUGCAUUUCACUGCUCAUAAUAGGAGUGUUAGCAGGAGGUGGCGCGCCCUGGGCCGUUGGUCUCGGAGAGCCGAACAUCACAACCAUGAUAGCCGGCUUACCUUCCUCCCUGUUGGCUAACACUAUCAUCGCUAAUUUGCCCCAGGCAGUGUUCUCUGUAUUGUACUUUUCAUCUAAUGCCAUAUAUACCAUAAUGGCGCUCACCAAUGAAUGGAGCUACCACGCCUACAAACGAAAGGGUCUUCGGGUUUCCACCCUUCCCCAGGGCUCUCAGCGAAGCACAUACUUCCUCUCCCUUCCAUACCGAUAUUCACUUCCCCUCCUGGUGUUUUCGGGCAUUUUACACUGGCUUAUGUCCCAGAGUAUCUAUUUGCUCAGCACCAGAUCCUACGGGACUGCGCUGACUCGGGAGCCCGAGGGCGAUACUUUUACCUGUGGAUAUUCUCCAUCUGCAAUUAUCAGCACUAUAUCCGUCGGGGUCUUUAUGCUGACUUGUCUUGUCGCGAUUGCAUUCAAACGGUUGAAGUCUGGUAUGCCAGUUGCGGGGAGUUGUAGUUUGGCGAUUGCUGCUGCUUGUCAUCCUUCUUUGGCUGAUGGGGAAGAGAGUGAAAUGGAGGGAAUGGCUAGGACUGAUGGUACACUUCCGUUGAAAUGGGGGGUUGAAAAAUCCGAAGGUGAUGGGAUAGGACAUUGCUCACUCUCUAGUGAACAAGUGGAGCUUCCGUUGGAUGGCAGGGUUUAUAAAUGA